UAGCAUUGCCGACGUUUUGUGAUAUUUCCUCGUCAAUUUUUGUGUAAAUCCGACGAAACCCAGAAUCAAGUGAUUGUUCCAAAAGUGCCAUAACUUUCCACAAUCAGUGAUAAUGAAAAUGCCGCAACGUCCUUCGCAUGAACGGCCAAAAUCUACCUAAGAAAAUCCACUUCAACCUAACCUUCCAGCGACCGACAAUAUCCUUGAGAUAUUCUGCCAAGUAACGAAGAAAUAAGCCAAGAAAUCCUGGAAGAGAAAAGCAUUUAGAUCCGAGUCGAUCUAAGAAAGUCUUCCCGGUAGCAACGAAGCAUGGGAAGCAAAUGGAAUAAUGGUAGUCGCGAUAUUGGCGGUAUCUUACGUAAAACAAAUCAACAAACCACCGUCGAGACUGAGACGCGAUGCGGCGACUUAUUGGUCUUCGGCUACGCCUGCAAGAUAUUCCGGGAUGACGACAAGGCCCUGCAUAUCGAUCAAGGGAAGCACCUGAUUCCGUGGAUGGGCGAUGAGGCGUUGAAAAUUGACAGGUAUGAUGUUAGAGCUGCCCUAUCCGAUCUGUCACAAUAUGAACCCCCUCCGGGUGGUUAUACGAAUCGUUUGGAAUGUUUAACGCCAGCCGAACAACGCGCCGAACAACUAUGUGAAGAGGAACGUUACUAUAGCCUCUAUCAUAAUGAAGAGGAGGAGCAAAUGUAUCAAGAAGAGGAAUUGAAACGUCUUCACCAAGAAGCGUCGGCAGCCUAUGGCUCAGUUCAAUUCGAUUACAAUAAUCAGAAGAGUGAAAAAGAGUCCAAAAACGAUGAGGAAAAGUCAGAAGAAGCGGAUGAGGCAUUCGCACCACCUCAAAAUCUCGUGAUUCCUCCAAAUAUUGUAACGCCAGAAACCAUGAAACUACAUGCAAUCAUUGAGAAAACUGCAAAAUUCAUUUCAUCUCAGGGUCCACAAAUGGAAAUUUUAAUCAAAGCCAAACAAUCGAAUAAUCCUCAAUUUGAAUUUCUUAAUCAGAAUAACAAGUUAAAUCCAUAUUAUAAGUUUGUAUUGAAUGCAUUCAAAAAUGGCACGUAUCCUGAGCAAGUUCCGGUUGUAAAACCCGAGAAUAGUUCAAACUUUGAAGCGAAAACCAUACCUACACUUGACAGUACAAAUUCGGAACCUCAGCCCCAAACCGUUUUUGCACAUCCUGCAUCAAUACGUAUACCUACUGUGAAAUACAAACCAUCAGCCGACUGUGCCUACACCCAAUUGAUUAGCAAAAUAAAAGGUGUACCAAUACCGCAGGAGCAACCAAACGACGUAAAUAGCCCGGACGCGGCCGAAACAACUCCGACUCUCUACUACUCAUCAUAUUAUGCUCCGAAUCAUGGAGAUCAUGAUGUCUACAAUCAAACAGAUCAACACCCUGCAAUCGAACAGCAACAGCAAAAACCAAUCGUUGUUCCUGCAACUGGUGGCGUUGAAAUUAAAAAGAUCUCCUCAGGUCUGAUGUUAGCACAGUGCUAUGCAUCAGACACUGAAGAAGAAACUGAUACAGAUGAGAGCAAGCCUCAUCCAGUCAUUCCGCAAAACUUUACACUACCGCCCGAUGGGCUACAAAAUAUAAUCGAUAAGACUGCAAUCUACGUAGCUAAGAAUGGGAUACAAUUUGAAAAUAUACUUCGUACAAAACAGGAUGAGCGAUUCACGUUCCUAGAUCCUUCCGAUCAAUACUAUCCGUACUAUUUGCAUAAAGUUACCAGUCUGAAUAGUAGCUACGUUCCUAGUAAUAGUAAUGGUCACGAUCGGCCUAAGAUUAUAACGCCUGUUUCGUUCUCCAUCAAAACAAAAGAGGAAUCAUCCGUCCCAAUAAAUCCAGCCUUGCUACAAGAGACAAGUGACGAUGACGAUGCCGAGAAUAAGGCAAAAUCAACUGGUACUAGUCAACAGAGUCAAUCUUCUGCUCCGGAAAAGCCAACACCCUCACCGAAUGCAGCCAUUGCAGCAGCAACUGCGGCUCGGAUUACGGCUGCAAUUGCUAGUGCAAAUGCUGCCCAGGCUGCAGCUGCUGCUGCCGCUGCUACAAACGGUGGAAAUGCAGCAAGAUCACGAUUCGAUAUCGAUAACACAGGGGCUACAGUUAACCGAGCGAACUCGAGUGUAACGUUGUCGGGAACUGGAGCGAGUAAAUUGGAAACGACACAACAGAAAGAGUUGAAAAGAGCCGAGGAAAAGGUGAAAGAUCGUCUAGCGCAAAUUGCAAGGGAGAAACUGGGACUGAUAUCUAAAGAGAAACAGCUGCAGCUGGAGCGGAAGAAGCGAGCGAUGGCCUUUUUGAAUCAAAUUAAAAAUUCCGGUCUGCCUCUGUCAACUUCCUCCCCAUCGGAUUCAACAACUCCGCCGCGAAAUCAUUCCGUCGUUCCAAAUAAAGACGCAUCAAACGACAACAGUGACUCCGAAGCGUCAUCAGUUCAUUCGAUUCCAAUAACAUCGUACCAAAAAGACGAUGACGAUGGAGCCGAUGAUGAGAACUCCUAUCGUUGUCCUGACCCAAUUGAUCGUUCUAAAUCGAUUGACCGUUCAAGACCGGUAGAAAAAAAGAUUUUAAAAAAUAUUCAUAAAUAUGAUGACAACAAUGGUAACGAUAGCGUGACAGAGGAGAAAAGUGGAAAGAUAGAUGGUCAUAGCAAAAAACGUAAACGUUCCCGAUCUCGUUCCAAGGACAGUAGUUCUCGUCAUCGUCACAAAAAAAAGAAGUCAAAACAUAGUAAGAAGAAAUCAAAGAAACGAUCACGUAGUCGAUCCCCCUCACCAGCACGUAAUGAGAGUCGUGAACGAAAGCGUUCAAAGCGCUCCGAUGAUUCACCAAGUUCACGAAAGUCGAAAAAGAAGAGACGUCGUGAACGGGCGGAGAGUUAGCGCUUAUAGGCUUAAGGAUUCACCACAUAUUGUGAUUGUGCGGCUCAAAAAGUAAAUGUGCACUUACAGUUAUUAAACACAAAAUGAAUACUUAAAGUAAUUCUAAGGACGUAUUGCAUAAGAAAUGGAAUUAGAUUAUGUAUUUUUUGUAAACGAACUGAGAAAUUAGGAAAUAUAUUAUUUGGUACCUA